AUGAUGAUAAUUCAGAUCUUUGACUUGUCAGACGAUGAAAAUGAGGGUAAGAAUGAAGGUCAAAGCGAAUCCAAAAAUGAAGAUGAGGACGACCAACCUGCAAAAAAGAAAGCAAAGAUCGAGAAGCCUCCUCUUGAUGCAGAACAAGCUAUUAAUGAGUUAUUAUCGAGCCGUGCUUUAACACCAGCUGAUUUUGCGAAGUUGCAAGAAUUGCGCACGGAAGCAGGUGUGGAGAAGAUUCUUGGACAUACUCAGCAUAAUGAAGAAGAAGUGGACUCUACUACCUUGGUUGGAAAGGUGAAGUAUAAACAAUUACGAGAAGAAAGAAUUGCUCAUGCGAGAGAAGGAAGAGAAGACAGAGAGAAGUUCGGUUCCAGAAAGGGAAAACGAGAUGCUGCACACUCCACGACCAACAAGGAAAAAGCCAGAAAGAAGAAUUUCGUUAUGAUGAUCCACAAAAAAUCUGUGCAAGGCAAGCAAAAAUUGUCGCUUCGGGACAGACAGAAGGUGUUGAGAGCGCAUAUCACCAAGCAGAAGAAGAAGGGACAUUGA